GUACUCUUCUUUUUAGGAUCUCGACUAUUUAUCGAUGGCUGGAAUAUUAAGAGGAUGAAGUAAAUCUGCUAGGUACGGAAGAUUAUCAGAAUACGCCGCAAUACUUCGAGAAAUAGCAUCACCAUGUAUUUAUCCGUAUCCACCAUUACCGCUAUUCUCAUUUCCAACUUCGCGACAGCAACAGCAACAGCGACAACGACAGCUACAGCGAAAGUAAUCCACCUAUCAGAUCUCAACGGAACUUUCAUUGAGCGCCAGGUCCAGCACCCAAAUGGUAGCCUAGUCAACGUAUACCUUAGAGACUCCUAUAAAUCCCCUCUCGGUAGCGUAGACUCUCUCGACAAGCGAUUCCAUAAGACGUAUCAUGAUGGUAACCACACCGAGAUUUGCGCCGAGACUAACUUCGUCGAUACAUCUACUCUCGAAUCAGCUCUCUGCAGCGAUUGCUCAGCCAUUAUCACCGAACUCAAGGCUAACCCGGGUUUUUUCGAAACGGGAGACUACACGGACAACGAAUACAAUUACCUUACCGUGUGUGGAUCGUGCGCGUUUGGUGUUCAUCGUACCGACGGCUUAAGCUCGCGGGUGGACAUUGGUAGCAAGGAUGUGAUAGACAAUAUCAAUUCGGCUCUCAUCAGGUUCUCUGUCGAUGAUCAUGUUGGAGCUACAGGAAAUUUCACCUGUAACUCGGCCCCUAUUAACUGGGCAAUAUUGAAGGCAGCUUAGCUAUAGCAUGUCCCAUGUUAAAGCGCCCUGGUCAGCCAGUGAGAAGCAGGCGUGCCCUUUUAGAUAGAUUGCGACGGAUAUCAUAAUUUUGAUUUUAAACAUCUGAGCCCGAUGCAUACUUAAGUAUAUACGAGAUUUUAUUCUGCCCAUCACCACUUAGCCUCUUUUCGGCUCUGGAAUCCCUUCAGUAUCCCGACAAUAUUCUCAAGCGCGGCCAAAUAUGCCCUCAGCUCGGCAGCAACACUAGCCUGGUCCUCUCCAAGCUUAGGGUAGAAGUCUUUGCGGUACGGGCAGGCACUCAUCGCGGCGGAGAAAACGGGCUUGAUAAGGAUACCGUGGUGAGGCUUAAGGGUCGAGCCGUAUGCGUUCCUGAAGGAGGUGGAGAGUUCCUCAGCUUCCUGAGCUAUGUUCUGGCUGAGAGCGAUGCAAGUAAACUCCAACCCACUGAUUGAAGCAGUUCGUUAGCUUAUGUAUACCCUGCAAGAGAUGACUUAGGCAUGAACAUACCGAGUUAGCCAUAGAAGCCCCUCGGUGGCGACGUGCUUCUUUGUCUUGAGCUCGUUGAUGACGAGAGCUUGCAAGGUCUCGGAUUCGGCAGGGGCGGCAAGUUGGCGUUCGCGGAGUUUCU